AUGAAGAGAUGUGACGCGUGCCGUGUCCGUUCCGAACGGAGGACGGAGGAGAGGGCGGACAACACAGGAGACAGAGCCCCCCUCAUAGACAUAACUGUCCCUCAGGAGGAGUCUUACGAUAGCCAAAAUUUAUCGUGCGGCAUCUGUGCCAUGUUCCCGUCGUGCAUGUCGCUGCUGUCGCGGCGCGGGGAGCAGCGCGCGCCGCGCCCCGGCCAGGCGGCCGUCGUCCUCAACGUCUACGACAUGUACUGGACAAACUGGUAUACGGCGGGUGCGGGUGUAGGAGUGUUCCACAGUGGGGUACAGGUUCACGGCUCGGAGUGGGCAUACGGCGGACACCCAUACGCCUUCACCGGCGUCUUCGAGAUCACACCGCGGGACGAACGGGAACUAGGCGAACAGUUUCGUUUCAGACAAAGUGUGCACAUAGGUUAUACAGACUUCAGCGAAGACGAAGUGAGACGACUGGUAGCAGAACUCGGCAAGCAGUUCCGCGGUGACAGGUACCACCUCAUGAACAACAACUGCAAUCAUUUCACCUCAGCAUUUUGUUUGGCGCUAUGCGACCACGACAUCCCAGCGUGGGUGAACCGGCUUGCGUACGUCAGCUCGUGCGUCCCCUUCCUGCAGCGGUGUCUGCCCAAAGAGUGGCUGACCCCGGCCGCGCUGCAGCAGUCGCUGGCGGCGCACUCGCGGUCCUCCUCGCCACAGACGCCACAAUAG